AACGGUGUAAUAUACAGUAUACCUGCUAUACUACUCCUUAAAAUAUCCUUAACAUUUCAACUUGUCGCGAUUUUUUUCCUUUGAAAAUACCUUUACGUAAGUAUUAGUCUUAUCUCUUCCAGGUUGUCUUGGUAGAAUAGUUUUCUGGUCUUUCAAGUGCGCAACACCUUUCCGCCUUCUCCGAGCAACGCAGAACUGGUGCCGCCCCUGUUGUUUAACCUCCAAGCACAGGUAAACCUGUCACUGCUGGAGGUCUGACCUGUUGCUGUGAUCGACAGAGAAGGAUCAGCUAUGAAUGAUCAAUUCGGUGUCUUCUGUAGUUUCUAAAAGGAAAGGGAAGGUAGGACGUGAGGGGGGUCGCUCUCCUUGUAGCUAUACUGUACAUUACAUCAGGUUUGGUACCUGAGGUUAGAUUUAAAAAAACGAACAGCUUUCGACACCACUUCCUACAUUGUAACACUCCCCAUCUAGAAUCGAAUGAGCAUGGCCAGCACGGCUAACAUAGUUCGCAAUGGAAACGUAAAGUUUAAUUUAAACCAGAACAACAUAAAAAAUGACAGUAUUACAAGAAACGGAUUCAGCAAAAACUGCCAUCAGAAAAAUGGCACUGCAAAUGGAGACCUGCAGAAGUGGAAGUAUAAGGAAUCCUUUGAACAGGCCCCUCUUUAUGUCGCUGUCCUCACCUAUUUGGGCUUUGGGGUUGUGACACUCUUUGGCUACUUCAGAGACUUUCUUAGAGCCAUUGGCCUUGAGAAGUGUCACAUUGCACAGGAAAGGGAGGAGCAGAAGGACUUUGUUCCACUUUAUCAGGAUUUUGAGAAUUUCUACACACGAAAUCUAUACAUGAGAGUCCGAGACAACUGGAACCGACCCAUUUGUAGUCUGCCAGGCCCUGUAUUUGAUCUCAUGGAGAGGGUCACUGAUGAUUACAACUGGACUUUCAGACACACAGGGAAGGCAAUUAAAAAUGUGAUAAAUAUGGGUUCCUACAACUAUCUGGGCUUUGCAGAAAAUAACUUCUUAGAAACGGUGGCAGACACAACAAAGGAGUAUGGUGUUGGGGUUUGCAGCACCCGACAGGAAAUGGGGAAUCUGGACAUCCACGAAGAGCUGGAAGAUCUUGUGGCCACAUUUCUUGGGGUAGAAUCGGCUAUGACCUUUGGAAUGGGGUUUGCUACCAACUCAAUGAACAUCCCAGCGCUUGUGGGCAAGGGAUGCCUAAUUUUAAGUGAUGAGUUAAAUCACACCUCACUGAUCCUGGGAGCCAGACUGUCGGGUGCUACCAUCCGCGUGUUUAAGCACAACAACAUGCAGAGUCUGGAGAAGUUGCUGCGAGAUGCUAUAUGCAGUGGACAGCCUCGAAGCCAUCGGCCAUGGAAGAAAAUUCUCAUUCUUGUGGAGGGAAUUUACAGCAUGGAGGGAUCGAUUGUGCGGCUGCCAGAUAUCAUUGCCUUGAAGAACAAGUACAAAGCUUAUCUGUACUUGGACGAGGCUCACAGCAUUGGUGCUGUGGGGCCCACAGGGCGUGGUGUGGUGGAGCUCUUUGGACUGGACCCUUCGGAAAUAGACGUGCUGAUGGGCACCUUCACCAAGAGCUUUGGAGCAGCAGGGGGAUACAUAGCUGGAAAGAAGGACCUGGUGGAUUAUUUACGAACCCAUUCACAUAGUUCAGUCUACGCUUCAGCAAUGUCCCCCCCUGUGGCCAAACAAAUCAUCAGGGCCAUGAAAUGCAUCAUGGGUCUGGAUGGAACAACAGUGGGCAUUCAGAGAGUGCAGCAGCUAGCAGAAAACACGAGGUACUUCCGGAAGAAGCUGCAUGAGAUGGGCUUCAUCAUUUAUGGCAAUGAGCACUCUCCUGUGGUCCCGCUGUUACUUUACAUGCCAGGGAAGGUUGGGGCCUUUGCCAGGAAAAUGCUGAAGCGAGGCAUAGGGGUGGUGGUAGUGGGAUUCCCAGCCACCCCCAUAACGGAGUCCAGAGCCCGGUUCUGUGUGUCUGCAGCUCACACCCGAGAGAUGCUGGACAAGGUAUUGAACACGCUGGAUGAGCUGGGUGAUUACCUGACAUUGAAAUACUCACGGAAGACUCCCCCCAGCAAGUCAGAGCUCUACGAUGAAAGAAACUAAGCUCUAGCUGAGCACUGGAGAAACUAAGACUGAAUACUCCAGUUCCACAACCGAUGAUUAAAGAUGGAAAGAGACCUCAGCUUAUAGCUACAUAAAUCAUACUGCACUCUGCAUUCUCAGUUCUGGGUGGCAAAGUAUAAAACAGAAUAACAAAAACAUACUGAAUGGAUGCAGUUCGGACCUCAUUAAUAUUUGUAGUCUCUCAAAAAUGGCUUUUUCCUGACAGUAGUGUUUUACUUUAUAUGUGAAGAAUUGUGAUAACAGCAAUGGUGUUUGUCCACACAACAGAGAAGAACAGGAUAUGAAUGAAAUGAUACUGUAAGUGGAGCAUAAAACCAUUGGAAUAUGUCCGAAUUGUGCAGCCAUCUGAUAAAAUGCAAGAAAUCAGACUGGAAUGGCUUGUUUCUGUCCAACAGAUGUAAUUUAAAAGCCUGAAAAAUCAAUUAAAUAUUUAAAUUAUAUAAGGUAAGACUAAAGUAAAAAAUAAACACGCAAAUGGGCAUAAAUGCAUAAAAAGACAAACUAUGUAAUGGUAUAACUGAAAAUAUUGGUUCAAGCAGGGAAAAAAGUACAGACAUAGACAUAGUGUUCAUCUUCAAUAAUGUAAAUGUUUCUGAAUGGCCAGCAAUAUAAUUUAACUUUACAUCUCUAAAUUUAAAAUGUCCUUUUUCCAACCUUUUAAUGUACAACUUCCAUCUGCAAGUAUGAAAAAAGAAGCUGGGGAGGUAACCAUGCCAGAAUACUUUUGGCAUGAAAAUGUUAGUUUUUCAUGAGAAGUAGGAAUAAAAUAAGCCUGAUGUUGAAGGCACAGUUGAAACACAUUAUUUACUUAAUAACUUCCAGUUUUUUUAGCAUUACCGCCAUCAGUAAUGACUUAUUUUCUUCUUAAAUAUGAAUAGUUUUCUAAUUGCACAGUAAUUUUUCCAUGAGACUUUUCAUUGUAAAAAUAUUUAUUUUAUCUGAUGAGUAUUGCAUGGAUAAAAUACACAGUUAAGACAGCCCAUUCCCACAGCUGGGGCAACUCUACAUGCACUUGUACUUGUGCUGUAUAUUGGAUUUCCCACAUUACCACAGUCAAAUAUAUCAGCAUCUAUCAAGUUAAUACAUGGCCCAGCGGAUAACGAGACCCUUUUUCACACCAGUGCAGUUUUGGCACAAUACUGCCAGUUGGUAAGUUACAUCUGCAGCUUUGUCUUUUUUAAGCAACCAUGAUCUAUCAAAGAUGUCUUUGAUCUGAUACCACAAUGUAGUGCCAGAUCUAUUACCAUUUAAACUCACAGGACUGUGGUAUCAACAUACCCAGCAAGAGGUAGCACUCCAUCUUGUCUGAUCAAGAGACAAGAGGCUACUUAAAUAGGAGUAACAUCCUGCCCAAAUGGAGAAGGUUCACAGGUUUCCAUGGACUCACUUCAAAGCUGUGUUGUGUAUUCUGGCUCGGUUUUGCAUAUUAGGGCAUUUUUUUAAAUAGUUUUUUUUUCAGUAAUACAAAAUCUUUGAAGGACAUUUUUUAACGUGUAUGCUUGAUCAAACCAGAUAUUAUUUCUGCCUUUUCUGUAUUUUUUUGAAUUGUCAUUUUUAUUUUCAUUUUUUGUUUUAUAUUGACAUAUACAGUAUGUGACGGGCACACUGUCCAGACUUUCACUCACUGCUUGCUGGGAUAGGCUCUGGCUCCCCACAACCCUAUAUUGGAUAAAAAAAAGUGGUUAGAAAAUGAGUGCAUGGACAUUGAUAAAUGUGGUUUUUCAAAAAAGUUCAAACUACUAAAUUCAGCUUCUAUUAAUUUGACUUAAUUUGGUUGCACUGCUGUUGAUGUCUUAAGCAGAGUAAUGGUCAACCUUUGAUCUUUCCUGAGCUAGUUUAUAUAUGCCAUAUUACUGGAGUAUAUAGACAGCGCCAAGUGUGGGAGUACUUUAAAAAGUAUUUGAACAUUUUCUGAUGUCAGAGUCUCAUUGUAAUAAAGAAAGGUCAGUGACAGAUUAAACAGAUUUCACUAA